AUGGAGGGGGAAUCUUUUACUCUACACACUGAUGUUUCUGAAGUACAGAAAUAUUUCUUAAUUCAGUGGAUGUUUGGAAGCACUCGAAUAGCUGAAGUCAACAGGCUCACGCAAACCAGCUCCACAUAUGGUGGUCCUGAUGAAAGAUUUAGAGACCGGCUACAUUUGGAUCAGACUGGAUCUGUUACCAUCAUGCACACCAGGAGCACAGACUCUGGAGUUUACAAAGUUACAGUCAUCAGCAGUGAGACCAGCUACAUGACUUUCAAUGUUACGGUUUAUGAGACUCCACUCAGUUCCUCAUCACCAGAAAGUUUUUCGAGCUCCAAUUUUGUGUCAUCUAGAUGUGUGGUAAAUAAUUCAACCAUCAACCAGACUAAGAAUCUUAACGUUACUGAACUCCAUCAACCAUGCUCAGACCACUUCCACUGCUGUGGUUUUACUGAAACUGUGAUCCGAUUGGUCGCCUCUGCUCUUGUGAGUGUGGCUGCUGUUGCUUUUCUGGUUAAUGACAUUAGAUCUACAAGAAGUGGGCUAAACCGGACGGAAGAGACUAGACAUGAACAUCAGACCCAUGGAGUAAAAUCAGACCAACAGUAUGAACUGAGCAGAAGGAUGAGUUCCAGAUAUGUUUGCUGAAGGUUGCUGGUAUAAUCCCCAAAAGAUAUAUUUUUUCAUUCAUUGCUCUAUAAAUUGAAAUCGAUCACACAGAAGCAAUUAGUGAGCAUGUUAAUAAAUAUUCAGUUCUAUAACAAGAGUGAGCUUUUUUUUUUCUCUCUUUCUCUGUGUUCUGAUUAUAAUGUGACGAAACAAUUUAAUUCAAAUAGUUAUUAUAUUAUUUGAUCUGAUGGGUGGACAAACUGUAAAAGAAUUAAGGACAAUGGGAAAAUAAAAUAAGUUUCAUUUAUUUAAAGGCAAACUGUUGAUGAAGGAACUCUUGAUGCUGAAUUUGGAAACUACAUCACUGAGCAUUGCAUUCUGGGUAGUCGCUGUCAUGUUUUAGGACACGCUCAUUGACACCUGUCAGGAUAGUAGUACACAGUGAUAAUAAACAGGAAUAACAAUGGACCGAACAAUGAUCAAGUGUAAGAUUGCAUAUACAGAAAAACUCAAAAAGUAAGCAAAGUUGUGGUACUCGAUCCAUAUGAACACAAAGAGUGGUCAGAUGAUCUUACAGCAUCUUCUUGACCCAGAAAAGGAUGGAUGCGAUCUAC